AUGUAUACUUCAUGUCGGGAAAGCUUUAAAGCUUCUCAAAGAUGGGGCAGACGACUUAUAAGCUCUAAGGUUAUCGGUAUAGACCUUGGGACGACCAAUAGUGCAGUGGCCUACAUCAGGGAUUCAAGGAAUAAGCAAUCUGCAACCAUUAUAGAGAACGAUGAAGGACAGCGUACGACACCAUCGAUAGUAGCUUAUGACAGGAAUGGAAAAGCAAUUGUAGGAGCAGCAGCCAAAAGGCAGGGCGCCAUCAAUCCAAGGAAUACAUUCUUUUCGACAAAAAGACUCAUUGGGCGUUCGUUUGAGGAUCAGGAAGUCCAAAGAGACAUGAAGACUCUACCAUAUAACGUUGUCAAAUCAGAGCUAAACGGGCAGGCGUACGUCGAGACAACCAACGGGGAAGUGAAGUCUCCUAGUGAGAUAGGCUCUUUGAUCUUAGGUUAUUUGAAGAAAACCGCAGAGGCUUACUUAAAUGAAGUGGUUGACAAGGCAGUCGUUACAGUCCCAGCAUAUUUUAAUGAUUCGCAGAGACAGGCAACUAAAGAUGCGGGAAAAUUAGCAGGCUUAAAAGUGCUGAGAGUCAUAAAUGAACCCACCGCGGCAGCAUUGAGUUUUGGGUUAGAUGAUGAAAGAAACUCGGGAAUUAUAGCGGUCUAUGAUCUUGGUGGCGGAACUUUUGAUAUAUCGAUACUGGAUAUCGAGGAUAGUGUUUUCGAGGUUAGAGCAACAAAUGGUGACACUCAUCUUGGCGGGACAGAUUUCGAUGAGGUAAUUGUCGAACAUAUCAUAAGAUCAUUUAUUUUAGAGAAUCAAGAUUUGGAUGCCGUUAUGUUGAAGCAAAACGGUAAAAUGAUGCAAAGAAUUCGAGAAGCCGCUGAAAAGGCAAAGAUUGCACUGUCGCAUGUUAAGACCACCACGAUUGAUAUUCCAUUCAUUUACGAGAACAGGCAUCUGCAUUUCACUUUGAAGGAAAGCGAAUUGGAUGAAAUGACGAUGCAUCUAAUUAAGCGGACGAUAGAUCCAGUGAAAAGAGCUCUGAAAGAUGCGGAUGUUGAGCCAGAAGAUGUGGAUGAUGUUCUUCUAGUGGGCGGUAUGACGAGAAUGCCAAAGGUCAGGGCCGUCGUAGAGGAAGUUUUCGGAAAGAAACCCAAUACAUCGGUGAACCCCGACGAAACGGUCGCACUCGGUGCUGCUAUUCAGGGCGGUGUUUUGUCCGGUGAGAUUCAGAAUGUCCUACUACUAGAUGUCACGCCACUAACUCUCGGCAUCGAAACAUAUGGUGGUGCUUUUUCGCCUUUGAUUCCAAGAAACACUACGGUACCUGUCAAAAAGACCGAGGUAUUCAGCACGGGUGUUGAUGGACAGACUGGUGUCGAUAUUAAAGUUUACCAGGGAGAGAGGGGUCUCGUUCGCGACAACAAAUUGAUCGGUGAUUUCAAGCUCACUGGCAUUACACCAUCACCCAAAGGAGUCCCCCAGAUCGCCGUGACUUUCGACAUUGAUGCAGACGGUAUCAUAAACGUAUCUGCAUCAGAAAGAAGUAGCGGGAGAGAAGAAUCGAUUACAGUAAUUGCUAAUUCAGGACUCACCGAGGAUGAAAUUCAGAAGAUAGUCGAAGACGCCAACGCUAAUAGAGAGAAAGAUAGCCUCAUCAAAAAAAGGAUUGAGCUCAUCACAAAGGCUGAUAUCAUGAUAAGUGACUCGGAAAACGCAUUCGAGCGAUUCAAGGACAUUAUAUCUGCGGAUGAGACAUAUCCAGAAGUUCUUGCGGAACUACGCCAAGUGCGUGAGAUCAUUAACGACUUCAAAAAAAAUGAGUCCAACUUAGACUACAAUGUCGACGACGUCAAGAAAGCCACAGAUGCACUACAGAACAGGGCGCUCAAAUUAUUUCAAAGCGCCUCGAAGAAGCAGGCUGCCGCCAAGAAGUGA